UUUUGGGUGAGUGUGUUGUUUUCUCCAUCAGAAUUUUCUGACAGACUGUCAACAUUUUCACAUCACAAACCCAUAAGACCUGACCUGAACUUAAUUGCUGGUGGCCUGGGUGGUCCCUUUGAUAACUAUCUUCUUUUUGAUGUUGUCUUUGUCUAAAUGUUGCUUGGUGCUAAAUGGUGCUUCCAGAAUGGCUUUUAUAAAAACAUCAGUUGUGCCAGAAGUCAUUGUUCUUUGAGAGCCCUGCGUGAACACACAAAGCAUCUGCCAUCUUGAAGUUGGACGUUGCUUCACUUGGACUUGCUGAAAAUAAGUCUGUUUCUACAUGUUACAGCUAUAGAAGUACUUCCACAACUUAAAUUGUGUCAAAAGUAGUUGUUUUUUACCAAGAGCCCUGUGAGAAAAACAAAAGACAUCAAUCAUCUCAAAGCUGGACCUUGCUUUGCUUUGUUGGCAUGAAUAUGGGCAUUGAGUCUUUUUCUAACCAUAACAACUACAAACGUCCCUCUUCAAUGGCUUUUACAAAAACUACAGUUGCAGCAGAAGUCGUUGUUUUUCAUUGAGAGUCCUGCGCAAACGCACAAAGCUUCAGCCAUCUUGAAGCUGGACCUUGCUUCACUUUUUAUCGUGUUGGAAAUACGCAUCGGGUCGUACCCUUCCAUCAUGCUUCGAACACACCAGAAAGACACGCCAGUCAGUCGGAGGAUAGAGGACGAUCUCUGCCUUAAAAUGGAUUCGGUGUCCGGUCAGAUAGCCCUGGGCGUUUUGGCAGGGGUUGGGUGCGGACUGUGCCUCGGGUGGCUCCUGCGGGGCCGGUUCGGCAGGCCUCUGAGAAGUCUGGCAGCGGGCGCCGGGAACGGGGCGGGGAGCGAGGUCAGCGUGAUGGGGGAGAGCGGGGAGUUCAAGUUGACCCUGGUGGUACGCACCGACCUGAAGAUGGGCAAGGGCAAAGUGGCGGCCCAGUGCUCACACGCCGCCGUCUCCGCCUACAAGCAGGUCCAGCGGAGGAACCCCGACCUCCUCAAGCAGUGGGAGUACUGCGGCCAGCCCAAGGUGGUGGUCAAGGCGCCGGACGAGGAGAGCAUAAUCGAGCUGCUGACUUGCGCCAAAGAGCUGGGGCUGCCCGUCAGCCUGAUUCAGGACGCUGGGAGGACACAGAUCGCUCCCGGCUCACGCACUGUGCUGGGUGUUGGCCCGGGGCCUGUCGAUCUCGUGGACAAAGUCACCGGACACUUAAAACUUUAUUAACGUCCGCUUGUAGGCAGAGAUUAAACUCUAGCCAGGGAGUAAAGAGGUGAGGAAUAUGGCCCUGUUAUACCAUCCAGAAAUGUGCAAUUCAUCAUUGUACAUGGAAGCUGAGAAAAUAAACAUUGUGAAUCUGAUUUAAAAUCCUUGAUACAGGAGUUAGAAUGCAAGUUUCAGUUAAGAUUAUUACAAUAUAACCAUUCCAGUGCUGCAGAAAAAUGUAAAACCUUACCCAAGAAAUUCAUCUGGUAAAUGUAACCUCUGAGAAUUGAUAGUAUAAUAGGAACAGAUUUGGCAAAUGGUGUGCUGUUUGCAUUUAUGGACACAAAUAUUAGUCAAUGUGGCAUGGAAGUAUUUUUAGAACGAAGGUUGUGUUUAUUGUUAAGUUUGCAUUUGUGUAAGUUGGGUAUUUGAGAAAUGUUUAAUGCAGUGCAACUACUUUAAACAAUUUGAGAAAGUAUGGAAUGAAUGCAGUUUAUUUGUGAUGUUUUUUGAGGACAUUUUUUUCCAGUAGUGUAGAAUUGAUUGUAAGUCACAUUAAACAGUUUAUGCAAUAUGGUAAACCUUUAUUUUCUUUCAUCAAAGAGUAAUAGAUCCAUUAUUUGCAGCUGCACUCAGGUCUCCAUUCAAGUAAAUGCAGGCCAUUUUAGAAUGCAAGUGAACCCCUUUGGGACUACACAGAUAAAGACACAUUCCAAAAACUGACUAUUCAGUAAGUUUUUCAGGUUACUAUUUUAAUCACAACUCUAAAUCUAAAACAUUCCUUUGUGAAAUUCCCUUUAAAUAGAUAUUGCUCAAUAGUUAAAAUGGUAUUUUUGACCAUAGUCAAUGCAGACACAAUCACUAAUAGUAACUGCAAAUAAAUCUACACCAAAUCAUUUCAUUAGAUUUCUUCUUUACACAUCAGUCUGUUAGCUCUGAUCUACACUGUGUUUAACCUGACCAUUCCAUUUUGUACAUCUUCCACGGGUUCGUUCUCUGAAGUGCAAGAUUCAUGAUUUUGCUCAUAGCGCCAUCAAGCGGCCAGCUGUGAAUUCAAACCCACAAAAACAUUUCUGGCAACAGCAUGGUUUCAUUUUCAGUAACAUCAAUGGACAUUUAUGUAACAAUUUCAUAUACCGAAAUUUUCUUGAGUUCAGAUAUUGUAUUUGUAUAAUUGCACCACUGUGCAGAGUCACUCCUUGACCGUGUUGUUGUAUUUCUGUAAUUGUUCAUACUUCAUUAAAAUCACGCAUUUUUGAACCUGAAAAUAAAUUCAUACACAACUUCAGUAAUUCAUAAGAAAAAGUGAAAU